UCGUGUCUUAAUUAAGCUUAUAGGGAAGCACUCCUUGGAGAAGUUUCAGAGACACAGGUUUAAAGCAGUGUUAUUUUACCUGACGACGAGCCCGCCUGCAUUCGUUUCGUCUCGUAUAUACGGGAAGCGUAUUGCUUAACUAAGGAAUUUUGUCGUUGCCAUUGUUCUCAAACGAGCGACGUACGACACAAUUAAAUGGUUCCACUAGUUUCGUCCUUAAAAUACGGUAUGAAACUGCGUGAAAGGAAAACAGUGACUUAUUGAAGUAUUCGGAAGGUCUGCAUAUUAAGCGAAAGAAGCUAGCGCCAUUAGCAAGGUUUCAUCAGUCAUUCGAAACCAGAAAUCAUAUCUAGCUUGCUGAUUGUUCGUACACAAGAAAUGUGUUUUUUAUGUGGCUUAUUAUCUCAUCCUCUUAAAGUUUUUGAGUGGAGAUUUUACUGAGUGCAUGGAAACGACUUGACACUGUUUUUGUCCCAUGGAAAAGUACGAGAAUUUAGGUUUGGUCGGGGAAGGCUCAUAUGGUAUGGUCAUGAAGUGUAGGCAUAAAGAAUCCAACCAAAUUGUGGCGAUCAAGAAAUUCAUCGAGUCUGAAGACGAUAAAAUGGUCAAGAAAAUCGCUCUAAGAGAAAUAAGAACGCUGAAGGUGAGUUCAAUGGGAUCAUAAUGUUUAAGCUAUCCAUAACCGUGUUUACUGUAAGAAAAUACACGAUAUUUGAACUGUAGCUUGUUUGUUUACCAAUUUGGCAAUUUUAUUAAGCGUCAUAGGUGUUUUGCCUUUGAAUCCUUGGAUCUCUGGCUUCUUCUGAACCGAAAGAUUCGCUUUGAAAAUUUUUCUCUAUACUGUUAGGUAAUGAUCGUUAAUAGCCCCUCAAACUUGUGGAUUUCCUGCUUAUUAUUUAGAUAUUGCAUUGUACUCAAUUAAUUAUUGCUGAGUGUCAUGCAGCGGAAGGUUUGUUGCUGUAAGCUAAGAAAGGGAAUUGUCAGUUUGUUCCCAAAGUUUGGUGAUUGUGUAUUAUGACUUGUCUUAAUAUUUAUCAGUUUAUGACAGUAGUAAGGUUAAUUUUUUUCCCUUACAUCAGUUCAGGGAACAAGACAAUACAAACGUUUUCGUCAAAUUAAACGUUAGAUUUUUUCUACCUCAGUUUUUAUACAACAUUUAUUUUCUUUUCUUACAUCUGAUAGAUGACGUAAAAUUUUUCGAUUGAGGGUUGUGCACUGAACACGUCUGUUGUUUUAUUUUCGUUAAUUUUUUGAGUGAAAACUAAUUAAUUAUGUAUUAUUAUGAUAUUGUCAGCUUAUCUGAAAUCUUAAAUUUGUAUUGAAAUAUAAUGUCAUUAGGUAAAAAAUCUUAAGCCAACACUGAAAAAUUAAAAUUCACUGACAUGACAUGGAGGCCAUACUGGAAGCCAAAAUGAUUAUAUUUAUGUACAUGGUUGCAUGAAAACAGUUUGCAUACACAGUUUUUCAAAUGAGGAGUGAAGGUUUACUGUUCAAUGCUCUCCAACAUCACUAAAAACUCUGUACAGAAAUUAAAAGUAACUUUUCGCAGAUUCAACGUCAUUUAACAGUAUAAGCAUAAUCAGUGGCAAUUUUUUUUAUCAAUUCCUCUACCUGUAUAUUGAGCAGCUUAUGAAAUGACAAUCAGUUGUGGCAAUGGUAAGGACAAUGUUACACCACAAAAUGUAAUAAUCACUCCAAAAUGUAACAUCAACGCAAAAUGUACAAUGCAAUAUGAAUUGCUGCAUACUAAAGCAAAAUGUAAUAACAUUGAUGCAAAAAGUAUAUAAUAAAAUUUUCAAUGGAAAACUUAAUAAUCUUUCAACACAAAAAGGAAUAACUUUUCUAAUGCAUAAUGUAAAUUUUAUACAGUAAUAAUGUAAAAUGUAAUAAUUUCUGAAUGAUAUGCGUGGUAUUUUGAAGUUCUAUACAAAUUAUUUGUAUUUCUUAUUCGAAGUCAUAUGAGUACAUGUAGCUAUGAUGCUGUCAUUGAACAUUAGUUUACGGUACAAGGGAAGGCUAAUUUAAUGUUGAUACUGUCACUGUAAAAUAAUAAUAAUAAUAAUAAUAAUAAUAAUAAUAAUAAUAAGCGGCCCCCGCCAGGCACCGUCACACUGAACAAUUCGGUGGAAUACUUACCAACCAAUACUUACUUGGCCCUUACGUCAAGAGGGAGGGAGGGAUGGCAAAAAACCAAAGCACAAAAUGGCACACAGACAGCAAGCUAUUGCAACAACACUUUGCGAAGAACUGCAAGCAAGUAACAUGAGUCACGAGGUGCCCCUGCUAGAGGCAUGGGGCCACCCCUAGUAUAGCUGGGGAAACUGCUGAUCAGCAUUGCUUCCAGGUUAACUUUGCCCAAAUUAGGUUUAGCCACAUUACUACUACUACUACUGCUACUACUACUACUACUACUACUAAUAAUAAUAUACGUUCUUAUUGAACACAUAAAUUCCAUCCCCAAUGCUACAACGUGCAUUGUUGUUUUGACAUGUGUUUGAGCUGUACUAGGAGAUGAGAGAUUUCUUCAUUGUUUUUUUGGUUGAGUUUUCGACAUAAGGUUGAAAAUAUUCUUGUAAACUUAGUUAUAUAUUUUAGCUGUCAAAUUUCUAUAAAACCUCACUGCUGCAAGUUUUUUUUAUCUUGUUUAGGUACAGUUACGUAAGGCUUAAAUAAUGAAUCCUGAUUGAAAUAUAAAUACAUGAAAGCUUGUUGCAUUAUCUGUUCAUAUCCCUAGUAUAAGCACCGAUUAUAAGGUUUAAUAGACUCUACAGAGUAGUGCUCACCAUUGUAAAAGUUUAAGAAAUGAAAAAGAUCCACCAUUAUGUAUUUUUACCUCUCACUGAUUAUUAUUAUUUUUAACUUAGCUGUGAUUAUCAGAUAAAAUUUUGAAUCAAUUCUCAAUUAAAUAUAAUUGGCAAUCGUCAAACUGGUCACUAGUGUUUGUGGUCAUUGCUGUACAGUCUGAAUAAUGCUGCAAGGUGGUUAGAGUUUAAUUCAUAACUGUAGGUUGAGGUCAAACUAUUAAAACCCUUGCUUUUCAACGAAGGUUACAGCUGUAACCGUUGCAAAAUGUUGUUAUUGUUAAUUUUAUUGUACAGGUAUGUUCAAAAAUGGAUUGUUCACAUUAUGUCGAUUCAAUAAUACCUAAUCAAUUUCACAUUUCAGCAAUUACGACACGACAACCUUGUCAACUUGAUAGAAGUUUUUCGUCGCAAGAAACGCUUGUUCCUUGUGUUUGAGUUUGUGGAUCACACAGUGCUUGAUGAGCUGGAGAGGUAUCCCAAUGGUCUAGAUGAAAACACUGUUAGAAAAGUGUUAUGGCAAGUGCUGAGGGCAAUUGAAUUCUGUCAUAACCAUUAUGUAAGUACAAAAAAAUACCUGACCUCAUUUGGACAUUCCAACACAAAGAUCAUCCUCACUUUUUUUUAUAUAAAUAUCCUUUAAAAUAGUUAACCAAUUUUCUGUUGUUAUAUAAACUUACAGGUAUUGUACCUCUCUUAAAACACCACUUACCUGUACAAUGUAUCUAUAAGUUGAAUACAGCCAUAGGAUCAUUCAUUAACCAGUGGACAAAUAAGGCUGCUCAAAAUGCAAAAUUCCUAGCAGAUUUCCUUUGCAUACCCAGUUCCCAAUGAAAAGAACCACCUUUUAGGUAAAUCAUGCUACAUGUUUAGAGGAGUCUAGAACAACGAUUUGCUCUCAGUAAAGGUACAGUGUAGUGUAUAAUACUUACUGUAUCUUCAGGUUAAAUGUUUGAGUUUUGUUUGUACACAUAUGCAGCAGCCAAAGAUAGUCAUGUCUGGUACCUGGAGCUAGCAGAUUUUAUUAUUGUAUGCUAGCAAAUUUUGCUAUCUGACUUAUUAUAAGUGAGUAACUUGCUCUAUGGGUAGUUGAAGUUCUUUGGGGGAAUUGGAGUUACAGAACCUUCUCAUCAAAUUUUUUUUUUCUGGCUAGUUAAAAAGACUUUUGGGCUAUUACAUGCUAGUUACAUCUUGUCUAAAUGGCAAGGCCUAAAACUGACUUUCUUUACACCCUACAGGCUGUAUUUAUAUAAACCUUAUAGCCUUUUUGUAUCACAAUAAGAGAUAGUUGAACCUCCAUAUGCUUUACAGCUCUCAAAAAUGACUGUCUGCCAUAAGUGACUUCCACAUAUUGAUAUUAUUUAUUCUUCCACUGUGUAUAAAACAAUAAUAAUUGCUUUUAAAAGGAAUAAAUAAAAAUAACAACUUGUGUUAAUUUUAGAUUAUCCACAGAGAUGUAAAACCUGAGAAUAUUUUGGUAUCCAAAUCUGGUGUUGUAAAGUUGUGUGAUUUUGGAUUUGCAAGGACACUAGGUGAGUAGUAUAUAUCUGUUAAAGGCAUUAUAAUGAAUGGCAAAUGGGGUUUGUAAGACUUUAUUAACAUUAUUAUUUGUUAAAAUGCACUUUGUACAGUGUAUGUGCACUAGUUGUUCAUCCAGUUGCUGGAUGUUUAGUGGGCAGUUUGCACUACACUGAAAAUUUUCCUUUGCUGCUUGUUUGUAACUUUUUUGUUUUUGUUUUGCCUAAUCUUGAAAGGCGGUAAUCUCUUUGUCACUGUGACACGGUGACUGAUCUCCAGAUGGUGACAUCACUGAAACCUUGGAUUCUUGUACUUUGAUAAGACUGACCAAAGUUUUAGUUAAAAACAAUUUGCAGUAGUUAAAAGACAAAGUUCUUCUUAAUAUAUGUAUACUCAUGAAAAGAGACUUCCAUGAUGCACAAAAUUAUUCAUAAUGUGUAAAAUUUUAUGGUGGUAAAGUGUGUUUUCUUACAUGUAAUGUGCAGGUGUAUUUAACAAUUAUUCCUCGAGCUUGAGCCCAAAUAGGCUCUGAUUUAAUAGCCCAUGAGGCCAACUAUUGACUCAGAGGCCAUGAGGGCGAGAAGAAUACAUGUAAUAAUAAUAGUUACAUGCCGGUCCCAAAGGUGUCUGUCUCAGAGAGAGUUAAGCACUAAUAUUAUUUUCAAGACACAGCAAACAUAC